GCCACCACAAAAAAAGUAUCAGAUCGGCAAUGGCUUCUCGGAACGGGGAUACAUAGGCAGCAGGCAGACAUAUAAAAAAACAUGGUAUAUAUCGUGUAUGUAAGAUGUUGAGAUUAUAUAAGAAGUUGCUUAAACAAAAAGAUGAAUAAAUAAAUAAAAAAAAGGAAGAGAAUCAAAACCACCAAAAAAGCUUGGGAAAGCUUGGUAUCGUCUCCUCGUAAGACAUUCAUUCGCCAAUCGACUUACAACUUGGCGAACUUGGCAAUCUAUACCUGCCUCCGAUCCGUCACUCGAAUAGAGAAGAAGAAGCGAAAUAAGGAACAGCGAUGGAGGCGGCCGAGCCCUCGGGACUGCAAGGGGAGCCGACGCAAUGUGAGAAGGUUGGCGAGGCUAUGCCUGACAUUGCAGGCUUUGGCGUAAGUCUCCUUCUUGAUUCUUGAAAUGUGAUCACGUUUUUCUCAUACUUAUGUUCUCGAUGGGAGGGUAGGUCUUGUUAGGUCUCAGUGUGCAGGCGUUCAUUUCCAUCAGCUUAUCGAUCUGGGUUUUUUUCUGGACGAAACUUGGUCGGCUUGAUGUCAAGCACCCGGAGGGUACCGCGGAGCAUGAGAGUACGAAGAAGCGUUUGGGAUUCCUGUCCUCCAUUUUGAUGGUGGGAAAUGACUUGCAGAUGAUUACCGGUAUCGCGCUCAUCAUCACGGCACUUGCGCAUGGCCAUGCUAUUGACCUAUACCACACACGCUUGGUCUUCGAGACCGUUAGUUUCGUCGGCAUUUCGAACGCGGCAGCACUUGUCUGCUACACCUUUACGAACACCAAAGCACCGAAAGACCGACUGCACAGAUUCAUGCCAGCACAUUGGACUCCUCGGUUCCGCGUUUCGUACUUAUUCGCCGUUCUAUUCUUAGCGCUGACCAUCUUCCUCGAAAUUCGACUCGACGAAUGGUCUCUAACGGCGGAGGAGCCCGGAUUUUGCUACGUGACUACCGGACUCUCGAUGUCAAGCGCAGGCCAUCCAGUAUCAGACAAGGGAUACGUAGCUACUACGGCGAUAUGGCUUCUACUAGUCAUGUUGGGUGCGUUGUUCUGCUCAGCCAAGUUCCGAAGACCGCUCUUGAUCCUCAGCGGGCUGCAGUUCCCACUACACCUGUAUAUGAUGAUCAAGCUACGAAUCGAGAAUCAACCGUACCUGGAGGGGGAAAGUGAAAACGCUUGGGAUUUUGGGCAGACGACAGCCACGAUAUUGCUUGGACUCGCCAUCGGGCAGCUGGUUCAUGAAGGUGUGGCGUACUUGAAAUUUGAGAACGGGUUGAAGAAAUAUGGACCCCAGUACGCGUUAUUCCCAGAUGACCGAGAUCCUGAGUCGGGUACUUUAUUGGAAGAAGGUUUCAGAGCUAUACAGGAAGUGAAGCGAGGCAUAGACAACACUCGGGAUACUCGGGAUGCUCGGGUCGGUAGAGCAAGUGAUGUGGAACGGCAUGGAGAAAGUUCCGAAAGCCACGAGCUGACGAGGACGCCUGAAAGCACGCCUGAGAACAGGGCGUGAGCUAUUAAAAGUUGUGUUUACCAAACAAAGAUCAUUUGAUAUAGUAACACGCGCAUCUUUUAACAGUAGUGAUGGGGCUGUGUAGAAUGAAUGAGAGGAACAAAUGAGAAUGAGAAUGAGAAUGAGACUAGGCAGGCAGUUCAAAGUUGAAGGUUUGACUAAUAAGCAAGUACUAAGUAGUUAUUGAC